AUGUCCUUCAAGAUGAAUCUACUGGAAAUCGAGAAAGCAAUUGAACUCAAAGGAUCACAGGUUCUCAACGCUCGCACCUACAAAAACAUGGUGGUUCGAAGGCGGCUAAUGUUUGCGAGUUGCGUCUUGGCAUGGAUUGCCGUGAUCAUUCUGAUAGCCGCGAUUGCAAUUCCCAAAUGGGAAUACCUGCAAUUCACGAAUGUCGACUGGGAGAUUGUGAAGAUCGAUUUGGGAGUGUGGGGCGAAUGGAGACAGACCACAAACACAUCGAAACCAAUUCUUGAGUGGAUUCCUCAUUUCCCGUCACCUCCCCUGCAUUUGCUUCGACUCGCCGGACAAGAUCUACGACAUUUCUAUCGUGCUCAAGCGGCUAUCGGUGUGAUCUCGUUGAUUCUCUUGAUCGCCAACAAUCUCCUCGCACUCUACACUUUCUAUCAUCAUCGAUACACUUACAAGAGACUCGUUGCUGCCCUCUAUGUUGUUGUUGCAUUGUGUGUCCUCGCAACAAUUGAGGUGCUCUCAAACAGUGUCGAUGAGUGGAAUACAACUGUUGUUGUCAAACAUCAUUUGGACGAGAACAACUGGGACUACGAGUCUGUUCGAGAGUCUGGUUACUCGAAAUAUAUGGCCUAUAGUGUUGUCGUGAUUUGCCUUUUGUCAGCAAUCUCCUUCGUCUAUGGUUCUCACAAACAGAAAGGAGAAAACGCGGCAACUGCCGAAUUUGAGUUUGAAGAUCGACCAAUUCAUAUGGGAAGAGAU